AUGCCUGAGACGUCGAUUGCUCCUCCGCCCGUGCCGGCAACACGACCUGCAAAGCCCGUUUCCGAGGCGCUUUUGAAUGAGAAGUGGGACCGCUGCCUCUCCUCCCUCCUGAUCCGAUCAUCACUCGGUCUCUCCUUCGGUGUCGUGUUCUCGGUUCUACUGUUCAAGCGGAGGGCGUGGCCUGCGUGGGUUGGGUUGGGAUUUGGUGCGGGAAGGGCUUAUGAGGAGUGUAAUGGGAGCUUUUUGAGGACGGGGAGGGAGGGAGUUAGAAUUCAACGACCGUGA